AUGAUAGCUCCUACCAAAAAUGGUGUGGCUAAACGGCCGCCAACCACUUUUAAACAUAAGCCACACUGGAAAUCUUUUGCUAGAAGCUCCAUUCGCGAAAAAGAAACACAAGAGUCGAGCAGUGUCGCAAAAGGGAGCGAAAAAGAGAAGAAGGUGGAGUCCACUCAGUCGAGAACUGGCGAAAAUCGAACAAAGUCCUCUUCUCGUCAAGUGCUGCCGGAUUUCCUCGUAACGCCACCAACAACACGAUCCGAGCUGAGUUUCGAAAGUAGGCCAGUGGAACUGAAAGAUGAACGUACUCAGUCGGCACGUACUCAGCCACCCAGCCUUCGUGAACAUUCGCAUAAGAAGUCGAGAGUGAAAACAAUAACAAGUCUAUCACUGGAAAAAUGCGCCGGUUACAUAACUCAUUCAUUUUCGUGCAAAUCACUGACGCAAAAGAAUAAUACAACGAGAUGA